AUGGCCACCAAGACCGACAUUGUCCUCUACACGGCCUCGACGCCCAACGGCAUCAAGGCGUCGAUUGCGCUCGAGGAGCUCGGGCUCCAGUACCAAGUGUACGCGAUCAAGAUGAUGGAAAACGAGCAGAAGCAGCCGUGGUUCCUCGACAUCAACCCCAACGGGCGCAUCCCCGCCCUGACAGACACGCUGGACGGCAAGAAGAUCCGCGUGUUUGAGAGCGGCGCCAUCCUGGAGUAUCUCGCGGACCGGUACGACAAGGACCACAAGAUUUCGUACCCCCGCGGCACGGCCGAGCACUGGGAGGUCACGAGCUGGCUCAUGUGGCAGAUGGGCGGCCUGGGACCCAUGCAGGGCCAGUCCAACCACUUUAAGCGUGCGUUUUCAUCCCCAACCCGCCGGGGCGUCGGACAUGCUGAUGCAGCCGCAGGAUACGCCCCCGAGAAGAUCGAGUACGGCAUCAACCGCUACGGCAACGAGACGCGCCGCCUCUACCGCACCAUGGAGGACCACCUCGCCAAGUCGCCGCACGGGUUCCUGGUCGGCGACCGCGUCACCAUUGCCGACAUUUCAUGCUGGGGAUGGGUCGCUUCACACACCUGGGCGGGCGUCUCGCUCGACGAGUUCCCCCACCUCGACAAGUGGCUCAAGACGCUGCUGCAGCGGCCCGGCUUCGAAAGGGGCCGCCACGUGCCGAGUCCGCAUACCGCCUUUGACAACGACGGCCUGACCGAGGAGGAGCUCGACGCAAAGGCCGAGGGGGCGAGGAACUGGGUGCAGAGCGGCAUGAAGGCCGACGCCAAGAAAUGA